UGACUCUUGUCGCUCAGCACCCCCUCCCCAUGUUCCCACCCGGAUGCGGCAACGACGUACCAAUCGUAGGCCGAGUAUAUGUGAUCAGCCUGUUCGGCACGAACGAAGUGCUCACGGGUCAAGGGGAAUGGCUUCGUUUCGAGGAAUAUCAGGAGGGUCAGUGGGACCAGAUGUGGGUCUUCCACAUAAAUUCGGACAAUUGGCAUGGCAUGAAGAACAGAUCCACCGGGUGUUUUCUGGGCCGGGCGGAGGGAAACGAGACAAGAUGUUCGACACGUGACCACUUGCCCUGGGAGCACCUUUCCUUCGCGCGGCAUGGUCUAGGCGGGUAUUCAAUCAUGAUGAGCCCGCGCGACGGCGGUAAGAGGCUUGAGCCGCUUGGAUGCAUCAGCCGCUUCGAUAAAAGUUUAAUGGUCGGGGAAGCCGGCACCCUGUUCGGCCUCCAUCUGGUCAGGAAAUCUGUGUUCAGACGGUUUGAGUGGGUGGUCCCUGACCGCCUCGCACGCUCUUCCGCGCCCUACUAUGACGGCGAGGAUUCCGACCAAAGUAUUAACGAGACCUCCAUCGAGUUCCUUCAGGACCAUAGCAUACACAACAUCAUCAGUCUGAACUCCGUCGAGAUAACGCCGCGGGAGAAGGGCAGGCUUCGCGCCGCCAAUAUCUCAUACUCGCAUAUCAUGGUACUGGAGUCCGCCGCACCCACACAGGAACAAUUCGAUCAAAUCUGGAACGCCUAUAAGAGGGCGGGGUCUACAAUCGUAUACUGCGGGUAUGGGGAUGGGAGAACGGGGAUGGCUAUCAGCGCAAUCCAGCUCUUCGCGGGUCGAGCCCUGGGCGAACUUGAUUUCAGGGCGAAGGGCGUGCAGUGCCGUGGUCAGAUAGAGGCAUUAAAUGCAUUGAGCGAGAGAAUUCAUUGUUGAGUCUCUCCUCCUCCUCCAGACAAAGUCCCGCCACCGCCUACCGUACCGGUAUGCUGACCCUUGCUUCAAAUAGUGGCGAAAUGCACGUCCUAGCCGACACCCCCGAUAUCGAACCCCGACUAUGCGUGGCACCUGAGAAAGGGGAGUGAUAAGAUGCAUCGCGAUGGAGCCAUGCGAAGAUGGUAGGAUCAGGGAAAGUGUGCAUAUAGUGAUACGCCGAAGUAUGCCGAUGGGGUAAUAGCAUGGUGUAGGAAUUGCGCGAUAAAUCAAACCGGAAAGGCGAUCAUAGGGAGGCAGCGGUGAAUUCACGAAGUUGGUAGAGGUUGUGAAAUCGGGUGAGAGUCGGGAGGAUCACGGAGGUGUCGGAAGGAUGACUCCGGAACGCCCGGAUCGAAGAUAUGCAGUACCCGCACUUCCAAUUAAAGUACCUCUACACAU